UCCUCCGCGUCACUCGGACUUGAACUUGGGCGCCACCAUCGUGAUACUCCGGUAUAAAAAGCUGGCAGAAGUUUCAGUUCGAUAUCAGUAAGCCUUCUCCAGUCUUUCUACAAACAACAUGAAGUUCUUCAUUGCUUUCGCCUGCCUUUUGGCCGUUGCUGUUGCCAACGAGGAUGCCGGAGUUCUCCGUAGCGAGUCGGAGGUCAAUGUGGACAACUUCAAGUAUGCGCUGAAGCUCGACAACUCUGUGGACGUCGAGCAGGCUGGUCAGCUGCAUGGUGAUGAGUGGAAGGUCAACGGACAGCAGUCCUGGACUUCUCCCGAAGGAGAGGCAGUGUCCCUCACCUACGUCGCCGAUGCCAACGGAUACCAGGUGCUGAGCGCCAACCCCCCUCUGCCCACCCCUCCCCCAAUCCCAGAGGCCAUCCAGCGCGCCCUGGAGUGGAUCGCCGCCCACCCUUCCAAGGAAUAAGUUGUUUGUUAUUGAAUAAAAGCAUUUAAAAGUA